UGCUAUAACAACGGGCGGCGCGGAUGUGGCGAUGGAGGCUCGGCGGUGGCGGCGGGAGGCGAGCGGGCCUCUCCCGCACUCCUGGGCGCUGAAAGCCAAGCUGCCUAAAGAACAAACAAGUGAAAAUUUUGUCUUGGCCCGCAGACAGAAAGAAAAGGAGCUCCUUGAACAUGCUGAUUUCUUAAAGCUCUACAACCAGUAUCGCAGCGUCUCUGAGUGGCAGCAACGCAACGACCAAAAGUGGCUGCACAGCGCCGUGCAGAGAAAGGUGGAUGCGACAAUGCGGGAAUAUCUGGCAGGGACUGAUGAGAGAAGAGAGAGGCUUCGUGAGCUUCUGGAGGCAGAGGAAAGUAAGUACGUCGCUGAGAUGGAGGCACUUGAAGAAACGGUGCUGGAAAAACAAGCAAAGAUGAGGGAGCGAGCAAAAUUACUGAGAGAGAAGAGAGAAAAAGAAAGACAACAACUGGUGGUUGAAAAACGAGAGCAGCAAUUCCGAGAACAAUGCGAGGAGCUUCGCAUACAGCGGAUGAAGAAGCAUCAGAAGGAAUUGUGUGAAGACCGGCUGGCCCAGGUAGCUCUGAAGGAGGAACUGAAAAAGCAACAGAAGAAGGAGGAGGAGAUGUUUGCAGAGCUUUGGAAAGAGGAUAGUUUGGCUAAGGAAAAGCGAGAGGCGGUGGAGAUGCAGAAAUCAGCGGAACAGAACCGGGAAAUCCUGAGCGUGCUCAGUGCCCAGGUAGCAGUGCUCAGUGCUCACAGAGAGGAGGCGAAGCGGCUGAAGGAAGAAGAGGCGCGAUUGCUGGAAGAGCAGCAGCAACAGCUUCAGCUAGAAAAUGAACAACUUCAGAGGGAGAAACUACAGAAACAGAAGGAACGCAGGGAUAUGUUGCUCGGCGCAGCACAGGACAAGCAGAAGCGUCUGAAUGAAGAAAAACAAGGUGAACUUGCCCUAGAGAUGAAGAUCUUGGAAAAAUCUCUUCAGGAACCCCAGGAGGACGCUGAGGAGAAAACGAAGAGAAAACAAGAGCUGUUGAAGGAGCAACAGACUUACCUGGCACACCUGGCUCAACAGCUGGAGGAGGAGAAACAGCGAGAAAAAGAGGUGGACAAGCUCCUCGAUGAAGAGGUCGCGAAGGUUUGGGCCAAGAAGGCUGAGCAAAUGCGGUUAGAAAAGGAGGCUAGAAAGCAGCUACUGAAAGAUGUCCUGGAUACGAGAGAACUGCAGGUGGAGGAGAAGGUGCAGAGAAAUGCGAAGGAGCGGGAAGAACUCGCUCAAGAGAGGAAGUUAUUAGCUGAAGCAAUCACAGAACUCCAGCAUAUAGAAGAGGAAAAGCACGCAAGAAAAGUAAAAGAAGCAAAAGAAUACCGAGAGCAACUCAGGGCUCAAAUUGCCUAUCGACAACAGGCCCGUGAUGCUGAGGAAGAAGAGAAGAAGCGAGAAUACGAAUCGGGUCUAGCGGCAGAGAGAGCUUACCAAGAAAGGCUACAGGACGUUCUGUCAAGGCCUUGUGAGAAAUCAGCAAAAAUCCACCCUUUGAGAAGAAAACUAAUGUCUUAACUCUCAAGAAGAUAAUUUACGAUGAUUUUUUUUUAGCUCGCUUAGUUGCCUUAAAAAAUGUUUUCUAAGGGUGUUUUAACUGACUGGACUCCUCUCUGCUGUGACGCUCAAAGUAGUUAACUGGCAAAUACAAGAAACGUGAUAUUUUUAAAGGUUAUUUUUUAUCGCUAUUGGAUUUUCUUUCACAAAAUGACUUUUGAUCCAAAUCAAAACGGUUGACACUUUAAUACAAGACUACUGUAUGUUCUCUGCAGUAUACCGCUGUAUUAUUAUGACGCGAAAGAUAGGUAGGCGUUCUUUAAAAUCUGCGCAAAAGAAAACUUCGUUGAAGAGUUUCAGCGCACUUUUAUUAAAAUGCCUUUCAAACUGCAAAUAUUUGCAAAACUUUUUUUUUUUUUAUUUAGCCAAAAAGUACCUGGUGACUCAGCUUCGUUUUCCUUAUAAAAUACAAAACUCUGAAUCUAUUUGACUGUGGGCUAGAGGGCAAAGGGCUGACGCUGCUUUGCAUAUGUUCUGAUCGCUCUUGAAUGAUGUGUGGAAUAUCAGAGUCCCAAAGCUAGACUCUGGGACCUCUGCUCGGACAGCGUUAGUCGUGCAGGCAUUCGGAAAUGCUUUAUCUCUGACACUUUUCCAUUCUUGAGCCUUUGCUGCUGCUCAUCUGCAGACGUUUCUCUCGUUCAGCUUUUACCGUCUUUCCUCCAACCCCUGUUUCUCCGCCCUUUUCCUCUCCAACUUCCACCCCUCACCAAGCACUUCCUCUACCUUCCUCCUCCUCCCGACCUUCCUCUUUCAGCGUUGGCAAGUCCCGGGACUCGUGUUCUUGGUGCGUGGGAGCAGGAAGGGAUGCGCAGAGAAGCUGGUAAAUGGCUGGGAUGGGAGCGCCCCG